AUGCCAUCGAUGGCGACUGGCAGAUUUUAUCCCCUAUAUCCAUCGCUAACAUUCAUGUUACGCAAUAUUUCUAGUGAAAUAUUACCCGAAGUUCCAACAUUGGAUGAUGAUCAGGCAAUUAUCUUAACAUCGCCAACGAUCAAUUUAAUCUAUCGAGUGUUUUUCCCAGGUUUAAUUUUGAUUGGUACAUGUGGAUCGAUAAUGAGUUUGAAAUGUCUUUACGCUCAACGAUUUCGCAAAAACAACUCGACAUAUGUCUUCUUCUUCUUUAUUGCUCUGGUCGAUCUGGCGAUUUUAUACACCGGUGCACUUCGACUAUUAAUCUUGGCAUUAACAGGUUUCGAUGUACGUUCUACAUCCUUAUUCAUCUGUCGUGCUCAUCGAUUUACAACGUAUUUCCUUUUACAAUUGUCAUCAUGUUUAUUAGCCUUGAUGACCUUGGAUCGUGCGAGGAAAACUUUAUCAAUGUUACCUCCGUUCAAAACAACGAUGACUACCUUUCGAAAAACACAGUUAAUUCCAGCGGAACAUCACACGUUGUUUCGAACACGUGCUAAACAAAGUAAAAUGUUGUGGAUCACAUGUCUAGUUACGUUAGUUUUAAUCCUUUUGGACUCACAUUUCUUCUAUUGUACUGGUUAUCAACGAAAGAAAAACAACAAGUUAAUCAGUUGUCAAUCCAUUGGACAUAAUGAACACUGCCGUCGUUAUUGGCUCAUUUAUCUUUGGUUUGAUGCCUUUAUCUAUUCGUAUUUACCAUUUUUCAUUAUUACAAUUUGUAAUAUACGCUUAAUAAUUUAUCUAAAACAACAACGCACAAGACGCAUGGCGUUAACAUCGUCAACAAUAGCACUAUCUCAUAAUUAUCGUAUAACAUGUUCAGUUGUACUCAUGUCAAUAUUAUUUUUAAUCUUCUCUGUUCCAGUAUCAUUUUUAGAACAAUUCGAAUACAAAUUUAAUCAACAUAAAUAUUAUUAUCAUGGUCUCGCGCUAGCAUAUCUAGCAAUGUAUUUUAAUCACACGAUAUCAUUCUUUUUAUUCCUAUUCGGAACGCAAUUUCGUCAGUCUGUGAAAGAACUUAUCUGGGCACAAGCAACAGAACAACCUCGAACGAAUACAACAUUAAUUGCUCUUGUUCCUAGAUGA